AUGGAAGAGGAAGAGGAGGCUGGGGUCCCAGAGGCUCCAGAGGAAGCAGAAUCCCCAUACCUGUACCUUUACCCUCCCUCGGACCCCCUCCGACCCACAUAUGCUGCCUUGCACCUCAGCUCAGAACCCCCGCACCCUCCCCCAGACGUACCCUCCCUUCCAGACGCCCACUGUCCUGCAGACGACUCAGACCCCGAGUCCACACGCCCUCCACCAGAGCCAGCCUCAAACACAGAGGCCCCGCCCCUCGCCACUGGGCUUCCAUGUCCUGCGACGAUCCCUGCCUCGCCAGCAGCGGGCGCUGCGGAGGAGGCCGUCCAGCCGUCCAGAGACAGCCGUAAACUGGACUGCAUCAUCUGCUACUGCGGCUUCAACCUGAGUGAGAGGUUGCCUCGUAGGCUGUACUGUGGACACACCUUCUGCCAGGCCUGUCUGCGCAGGCUGGACACCAUCCUCAACGAACAGAUGUGGAUCCCCUGCCCACAGUGCAGGCAGAACACCCCCCUGCCACGCGGGGGCGCUACAGCUCUGGACCUGGAUCUGGCAGCCUUCCUGGGGGUGAAGGCAGAGAUGGACGGCCACCAGAGGAGCAGCCCCAGGCAGGGAGUAGAGACAGGCGUCUCUCAGCUGGAGCACAAGCCCUCCUUUGGGAAGCAGUCGAUCAUGGAGCAGCCCCCCGGGUCCACCUGGGCCCACGGAGGACUAGCCGAGCCCCGCUUUCACAGGAGCCCCUGCUGCCAGCGCUGCCUCUUCUGCUGCUGGUGGUGCUGCUAG